GUACCGUACUUGACUAAAAGCUUCCAUUUACGUGAUGUUUCAGAGGGACCAAAACCUGCAUCAAUUGCAUAAUGGCGUAGAAACCCAGCAUUGAUCUCUGUGAAUCUGAGCCCAUAUGUUCUUCCCAUUUUGUAAGAAAAAAACAAUUCAAGAACAAAAAACCAAAAUUUUUAAAAAUUUCCCCAAAAUAAGCCAAAGAAAAAGGUGGCUUUCUUUUUCGAAUUCCUCCCCUUUUCUCAAUUUUCAAACCCAGAAAAAUCCAUCACUUACUCUCUAACUGCACUCUCAUUCACACUUUUCCCCUUUCAUGUCUUUCUAAUUUACGCCCGAUAAUAAGAUUAAGCCAUGAGUCUCUUCGGCCUCGGCAGGAACCAGAGAACUUUUCGGCCAAAGAAGAGUGCUCCUUCUGGAAGUAAGGGGGCUCAGCUGAGGCAGCUUAUUGAUGCGACCCUAGGCAGUGGAAACCUGAGGGAAGCAGUGAGACUUCCACCAGGGGAGGAUUUGAAUGAAUGGCUUGCUGUGAACACUGUGGAUUUCUUCAACCAGGUGAACCUGCUCUAUGGCACUCUAACAGAGUUCUGUACAUCAGAGAGCUGUCCUACCAUGACUGCAGGACCCAAAUACGAGUAUCGGUGGGCCGAUGGAGUUCAGAUCAAAAAGCCUAUUGAGGUUUCUGCUCCAAAAUAUGUUGAGUACUUGAUGGACUGGGUUGAAUCUCAACUGGAUGAUGAAUCCCUCUUCCCACAGAAGAUUGGGACACCAUUUCCUUCGAAUUUCAGGGAUGUCGUCAAAACAAUCUUCAAGCGACUUUUUAGGGUGUAUGCUCAUAUUUAUCAUUCACACUUCCAGAAGAUAGUGAGUCUCAAGGAGGAGGCUCACUUGAAUACUUGUUUCAAGCAUUUCAUACUUUUCACAUUUGAAUUUGGGCUGAUUGAGAAGAAGGAGCUGGCUCCACUUCAAGAACUUAUAGAAUCUAUUGUUCCGUACUGAAAUAACACCUUUUAGUUACAUAUAUCCUGGAUUGAUGGUUUAGUCACAUAGUUGAAUCGAAUAAAGGAAUCAUAGGAACUGGUCACAGUUAUUAGACAUCGUGUGCCUUGAUUUUAUCAUAUGUAUAUGCUUCAGUUCCCAUAUACAAAUGCAUUUUCAUAUCAUAUGAUAUAAAGGAAAUGUUGUUAUUGAUA